GAUCUUGCCGCCCCUGCAACCCACAUGUACCUCUCUCUCUCUCCUUCUCUCUCUCCCCCAUCUCUGGUCCUCUCUCUCUUUUACCUAUUUAAAUCUAUAUAUCCACACGCACCAACAUCGUGAGGAGCCAGAGUUCAGACCUUUGAAAGACUUGGGGAAGGAAAUCAUAACGAAAACAAUGGCUUCUUGGGUUAAAACCAUCACAUCUCCAUUCAGAAAAGCUUGCACUUUCUUCAAUCAGCAACCCAGGGAUAAGAAAUCCCAGAAAGUGCAUGAAAAUCCUGGGUCGGAUCUUCAUGAGGAAGUGAUGGCGUGUGCUUACGAGGAUGUUCAGGUGAUGUGGUCAAUUCUGGACAAGUCCAAGACCAGAGCCUGCAACAUUACAUCUUGAUUUGCAUAUUCCUUUUCUAUAUAAGGAUGGAUUUGGCAGUAAGAUUACUCUGUAGAUAUGUACGUGGGUGGUGAUCUUGCAGUAUUAGCUAAACUGAAAAAAAAACCCACAAAAAUGCAAAGAAUCUAGUAGAAAGGAAGGCAAAAAUUCAAUUGAAGUGAAUGCCACUUUCCUUUUGGUUAGGGUGGCAGUUUAUGCUUGUAAUUUUAAGUCAAGCUGUUGUUUUACAGGGAAUCCCCGUGAUUAAUGAAGAUCAUGGCGAGAUUUAAUGCAAAAUUUAGAUUUUUUUUCUAUUACCAUCUCCCUCUUGAAUUUAGUGUUUCUUAAAUAACUAAAUUUAUAGCAAUCCUGCACCCCUUAAGCCUUCUUGGAGAUUUAA